CGGAGCUAUCAGUCGAGCAAAAAAACGGACAGGCGAAGAACAUAUUUGAUCAGGACGACAAGGAGAAAUGGCGAUUAGGGUUUUGAGUUCGCGCUUCUUGAUCAUAAACCCUAAGUCUAAUCGGUUUCUCUGCACUGACGCCACCUCCUCCUCUUCUUCUUCCACCACAGUUCUUCCUCCUCUGGUGAAGAGGUUGCUUCAGAUUCCAGAAUGGAAGAUCAAAACCACGCUUGAUUCAGAUUCUCAUGAGUCGCUCCUCGAAAGCGGAGAAUCUAUUUGGGACACUGUCAUCGUUUCUCUCAGUUCGUCUUCUCCGGACAAGGCUCGGCUGGUUCUGGAAUGGAGAUUGGAGAAAAUGUUGAAGACAAAAGAGAGGGAUCAUGAGAGAUACUCUAAUCUCAUCUCUCUUUGCGGGAGAAUCCAAAAUGUUCCUCUUGCAAUGCAAGUGUUCUCCUCCAUGGAAGCACAGGGAGUAAGACCUGUGGCUCUGGUCUUCAAUUCUUUGAUACAUACUUGUUUGUGCUCCAACAAUGCCCUAGCGGCAUUUAGCUUGUUCGAAUUAAUGGAGAACUCUCAUUCCUUCAAACCAAAUGCAGAAACCUAUGAUGCUUUCAUCUCGGGUUUCGCCAAGUUGAAUAAUUCUGAUGCUGCACAAAGAUGGUUUACUGCUAAAAAGGAUGCUGGGUUUCCGGGUACUCUUGAAAACUUUGAAAAUCUGAUGCGUGUCUGUGUCAAAUCCAGGGAUUUUGAUGGCACUGACAGAUUCUACGAGGAAAUGACUUCUGUAGGAAUAAUGCCGAACGACACUGUGCUUAAAACCAUGUUUGAAGCUCUCUGCGAGCAGAGGAACUUUGUCCGAGUCAAGGAACUUGUAAAGAAUUUGCUCGAUCUUGGAUAUGAAAUCAACAUAGAUUUGGCCAAGACGCUUGUCGGAUUUCUCUCCAGCUGUCAGAAUGAGGCAGAACUCGAAGAUCUGCUUGUUACUCUGGAAGAACGGAGACAGACGGAUCCAGAAGUGCUGUCUUGCGUGCACCAUGGAAUCAUAACGACAUAUGCAAGUUUAGAUCGCUUAGACGACAUUGAAUAUUCGGUUGGGAGAAUGCUGAAACGAGGGUUCCCAUUCAAGAUCGCAAGCGAUGUUGAGAAAGUGAUAUCUGCGUAUUUCAGGGGCGAAGCAUAUGAUAGGCUAGACUUGUUUCUGGAUCGAAUCAAGGGUAGUUAUUGCCUUACAAGAUCCACUUAUGAUCUGUUGAUCGCAGGGUAUAGAAGAGCUCGCUUGCCCGAGAAGAUCGAUACCAUGAUCAAGGAGAUGGAACCAGAGUGAAAUAUUGUAGCUUUUUCAGCAGUAGAAAGAGAAGCUGCAAUUCAGACAGCUCAAUGGAACUGCUUUAUCAGCAUUAGUUGAAUAACAAAUGGUAUACAAAGUAACUCGGAAAAACCUUCACAUGGACCGAAGCAACGAGAAAGGUAUUGCAAAAAUAUAUUGUGAUUCCGAAUUGGGUUGACUCGAAAUCCUGGUUUUAUUACAAAGUGAGAACUGGGAUAUGUUGUUUUUACUUUGAAUUGAUAUAGGUCUGGAACUACUGUUAUCUCUUAUGACUGUCCUCUUGUUUGUUUGUCGGUAUUAACAGUUUCAGCCAUUGCUUCCAAGCGGCAUUCUCUUGUUGCUCGAGCCAUGAGAGGAAACAGCUAUCCAACAAGCAGAAGAAGUUCACAUAAAGAAGCUGAUACCUCACGGGAACAUACCGGAAAUUCACAAUCUGGAUGGCAGGCCAUA